AUGAGGGGCCUAGUGUUGUGUUGCCUGGCUCUAGCGGCGGUCGCCUGCGUCGGCGGCCGGGAGCUCGGCCGGGAGCGGCGCGACGCCGACCUCGCCGCCGCCGCCUCCCACCACGGCGGCAAGUGGGACAAGGGCGGCGGCCACGAGCAUCACGCCCACCACCACCACGACCACGGCGAGAAGGGCCACAAGGGCUACAAGGGCCACCACCACCACGAGCACGGCAAGAAGGGCCACCACCACCACGAGGGCCACAAGGGUCACCACGACGAGCACGGCGGUCACAAGAAGCACCACCACCACGACGAUGGCCACCACCACGAGCACCACCACGGCGAGAAGGGCCACAAGGGCCACGGCCACCACGAGGAGGGCCACUACCACAAAGGCCACUCGACCAAGGGUCACCACGGCGUCCACAAGCACGACGAGUUCAAGAAGGAGAAGCACUUCCACGACCACCACGGGGACAAGGGCCACCACGAGCACCACGGCGGCCACCACGAGGAGCACGGCCACAAGAAGGGCGGUGAGUUCCACAAGGGCCACAAGCAUGGUGGCCACCACCACCACGAGCACGGCAAGAAGGGUCACCACGAGAAGGGAGGACACCACCACCACCACAAGGACCACCACGACGAGGGCGGUCACCACGAGCACCACCACCACCACCACGACCACGGCAAAAAGGGCGGCCACGAGGACCACAAGCACUGGGGAUACAAGAAGGGACACAAAUAA